AUUGCUCAAAAAGAAUGGAAGAUGUUGCGCAACGACGCGGAUUUCCGUGUAGGCGAUGCAGCAGGAAAGGAGGACGCUGCCGGGUCCGGGGCGGCCCAUGAUUUGUGGCUGUUGCGAGCUUCAGUUUACGCCACAAGGCCGUGCUGUCCGCUUCACUUCGUCCGUGGAGCCGCCGUACCGAGCGACUCCCUGAAGUCGAACUCACCAUGCCUGACCUGAAAGGAAAAGUUGCCAUAAUAACUGGCGCCUCGUCGGGUAUCGGCGAAGGAACGGCGCUGCACUUUGCUUCUCUCGGCUGCUGGCUUUCGCUGACUGCAAGAAACAAGCAGUCUCUGGAGCGAGUUGCCAAGGAGUGCUGCGCCAAGGGGAUUCCCUGUGACAAGGUGAUCAUUGUACCUGGUGACAUAUCCGUGGAGAAGGACGUUGCUGCUGUGGUGGAGAAGACUGCAAAGCACUUUGGAAAAAUUGACAUUCUCGUUCUUUUCUCGCGCUACUUUCUGGACAGGCUGCACCAUCUAGUGGCGCUGCCGUGA